GCGCAUCUGUCAAAGAAAGAUGGCGGUGUGGCAAAACAAAGAUUGGUGUUCAACUAGUUGUCGGCAAACUUUGUUACUGCUGGUAGCAUGAUAAUUCCUCAAGAUGUAUUUGGCGAAGGCAAAGAAGCAGCUCGAGCAACAAGAUGCAAAAGAGUUGCAGGAACGACGGGAUCGCCAUGUCGAGCGAGGAUACCAGAGGUCCAAUUCCACGUCUGGUAUACCGGAUAGGGUGCAAAAAGUUACCGAACUCAAACUUGAUGAUUUGCCUGAUGGUGCCUGUUUUAGACCCAAAAAUGUCUUACAGGGCGACCAGAAAAGCAGCGAUACCGCUGUGCGACCUGCUGAGUACAUUGGGUCGUUUUCGGUGAACGGGAGUGAUCAGGCAUCAAGAGUGGACUAUGUUCAGGGGCAGCUCGAGGGAAUGAGACAUGCGACCAAGAGCAAGCGAGUCCUUCUAGUCAUCUCUCUGUCUGGAUUGAAAGUCUGCAGCUGUGAUGGGGAGAGUGUGUAUAUGGCACAUGCGUUAAAACGGAUAUCAUACGCAACUUGUGACCCAGACUACUGCCAGUUUUCUUUCCUUGCUCGAGAACCUAAAGGACAGAUCAACAUACAAUACUGCCAUGCAUUCUGCACCAACAACUCCGAAGAGGCUGAGGAGUUGAACACUAUCAUUGGAAAUGCCUUUAAAAUGGCCUAUGCUCAGCAGCGUGAAAGACAGCCGACUUUCCACGAGCUUAUAGAGCAGCAGGUUCUGGAGCAGCAGGCCAAGUUCCGGGAGGUGCAGGAACAGGAGAAAAGGGUUUUACAACAAAAGCUAAACGAAAUAGCAACCCCUACUCCUUUCUCUGAAAAGGCCAUUCAGAGGAUGGAGAUGAGACGACAGAUCAGCGACGAAAGUUUACAGCAGCAACAGCAGCAGCUACAGCAGCAGCAGCAGGCAGAGCGAGAACGAGAGUAUGUUGUAGGCAAGAACAAAGUCUGGCUUUCAUUACGCAGUCCUAAGAAGGCCAAGCAGAUCGUGGAGCGUGUACGUCAUCGGUCACCCGUACGGACCCAUCGUCCCCAGUUCACAGACGCACAGAGUCCCCGCCCCCAACAUCCAACUCCACCAAUCAGAUUGCAACACCGAGGUCAGCCUUACAACUGGCAGCAUCUAAGCGCAACUCCACUCCUCCACAAGUGCCAUCCCACAAUUCCCCACAUCACUCCCUCACGGUGGCAGCUAUACGAGAGUCACUGGAUAAUUCUAAUAAUUCAAACAAAUUCAAAGGUUCACCAGUGA